AUGAGAACGAAAUUAGAUAAUAGAAUUCGUGUUCUUGUUGAAAAUGGAAUAAUUUUAAAACACAGAUCUAUGUUUGUGGUCGUUGGUGAAAAGGCUCGAGAUCAGGUUCCAAUUCUUCAUCAUAUUUUGACAAAAGCUACAGUUUCUUCACAUCCAACAGUAUUAUGGUGUUACAAAAAAGAUUUAGGAUUUAAUUCUAGACGAAAAAAUAGAGUAAAGAAAAUUAAGACAAAAGCUGGUUAUGGAAAUGUAAAUAUCAACGAAAAUGAUCCUUUUGAAAUGUUUAUUGCUUCAACACAAAUAAGAUAUUGUUAUUAUUCUGAAUCACACAAAAUUUUAGGAAAUACUUAUGGAAUGUUGGUUCUUCAAGAUUUUGAAGCAAUUACACCAAAUCUUCUUGCUCGUACUAUUGAAACAGUUGAAGGUGGUGGCCUUGUUGUAUUAUUACUUUCAUCUGUCAACUCGCUUAGACAACUAUUUACAAUGACAAUGGAUGUUCAUACACGUUAUCGCACCGAAGGAAAUGCCGAGAUUGUUCCAAGAUUCAAUGAAAGAUUUAUAUUGUCUUUAAGCAGUUGUAAAAGUUGUCUAGUUACAGAUGAUUCUUUAAAUGUAUUACCAAUUUCUUCACAUAUAAAUAAUCUUAAAGAAGUUGAAGAGAAAAGUAAUAAGAAAGAUAAAGAAUUAGAAACACUAAAAGAAUCUAUGGAGGAUACUAAACCUAUUGGAGAUUUAUUGAAAAAAUGUAAAACUAAGUGUCAAGCAAAAGUUUUAUUGAGACUUUUGGACGUUAUUACUGAGAAAUCUGCUAAAGCUACUUGUUCAAUAACAGCAGCUCGUGGUAGAGGAAAGUCAGCUUCACUUGGACUUGCUAUUGCUGGAGCAAUUGGAUUUGGAUAUUCAAGCAUUUUUGUUACCUCACCAAGUCCUGAAAAUCUUAAAACACUUUUUGAAUUUAUUGUUAAAGGAUUUGAUCAAAUGGAUUAUGAAGAACAUACUGAUUACGAAUUGAUUCAAUCAAACAAUCCAGAAUUUAAUAAAGCUUUGGUUAGAAUUAAUAUUUUUAGAGAACAUCGUCAAACUAUUCAAUAUAUUCAUCCAUCUGAUGUUGUUAAACUUGGUCAAGCAGAACUUGUUGUUAUAGAUGAAGCAGCUGCCAUUCCAUUACCAAUGGUUAAAGCACUUAUUGAUGGACCAUAUUUAGUAUUUUUGGCUUCUACUAUAAAUGGUUAUGAAGGAACUGGAAGAUCACUUUCAUUAAAGUUACUUUCACAAUUGAGACAAGAUUCAUCUGGAAAUAUGAAAGCUGAAAAUGGGGAAGUCAAACUUGCUACUGCUAGUGUAAGAAAACUAUAUGAGCUUUCUCUUGAUGAAUCAAUUAGGUAUAAACCUGGAGAUCAAGUUGAGGCAUGGUUGAACAAAGUUUUAUGUUUAGAUGCAACUAAUAUUCAAAAUCUUAUUGGUGGAAUUCCAUCGCCUUCGAAUUGUGAAUUAUAUUAUGUUAAUCGUGAUACACUUUUUUCAUAUCACAAAGCAUCUGAGGCUUUUUUAAGUAAUAUGAUGGCUAUUUAUGUUUCAGCACAUUACAAAAAUACUCCAAAUGAUCUUCAAAUGUUAUCUGAUGCUCCAGCUCACCAUAUAUUUGUUUUGAUGGCAUCUGUUAAAGAUGAUCAAACAAAAAUGCCUGAUAUAUUAGCUGUUAUUCAAGUUUGUUAUGAAGGAAAUUUAUCAAAAGACAUUAUUUCUGCAUCUUUAGGAAGAGGAAAACGUGCUGCUGGUGAUUUAAUUCCAUGGACUAUUUCUCAACAAUUUUUAGAUCAUGAUUUUCCACAACUUCUUGGUGCUCGUAUAGUAAGAAUUGCUGUUCAUCCUGAUUACCAAUCAAUGGGUUACGGUCAAAGAGCAAUAAAUCUUUUAACAGAAUAUUAUGAAGGUAAAUUUCCUGUACUUAAUUUAAAAGAAAAAAAAAUAAGAAAUAUCCAAAACGAUGAAACUUUGAGUUUACUUGAAGAGAACAUUGCUCCUAGAGAUAAUUUACCACCACUAUUGUUAAAACUUAACGAAAGACAAGCUGAAAAACUUGAUUAUUUAGGUGUUUCAUAUGGAUUAACAUUAAAUUUAUUAAGAUUUUGGAAAAGAAAUUCUUUCAUUCCAGUUUAUCUUCGUCAAACAACUAAUGAUUUAACAGGAGAGUAUACAAAUAUUGCCAUAAAAAGUUUAAAUGAUGAUGGUGUUGAGAUACCAGAUUGGUUGAAAAAUUAUUGGAAAGAAUUUAAAUAUCGUUUUAUUUCUCUUUUAGGAUAUGAAUUUAAAAAAUUUUCUCCACAUAUGUCUCUUUCUCUUCUUCAACCUAUAAAGGGUCUUGGAGAUGAUAUUUACAAUGACGAUAUCUAUGACAGAAACAAAUUAUCAUUAUUUUUAAGUAACACUGAUAUGAAACGUCUUCAUGAGUAUUCCAGAAAUAUGGUAGACAAUCAUCUUAUAACAGAUUUAAUGCCAACAAUUUCUAAGUUAUAUUUUAAUGGGCAUUUAGGAAAUAAAAUUGAUUUAACUGUUCUCCAAUCAGCUAUUUUAAUUGCUAUUGGUUUACAACAUAAAAAUAUUGAUGAUGUUUCAAAAGAAUUAAAUAUUCCAAUUAAUCAAUUAUUAGCAUUAUACUCAAAGACAAUUAGAAGAAUUUCUGAUUACCUGGAUCAAUUGUGCCUUGAUUCGUUAGAAGAACAAAUAAUUACUAAAAAUUCUACUGAUAAAGUUAUUGGAGAUACUAAAUCUAAACUUGACUCACUUGAAGAAGAAUUAUCAAUAGCUGCUGAAGAGAUUAAAGAAAGGCAAAGGAAAGAUAAGGAUAAUAUGCGAAAAGAGCUUUCUGAUCAACUAGCAAAAUAUGCUAUUCAAGGAAAUGAUGAAGAGUGGGAGUCUGCAUUGACACAGGUUAAUAUUACAAAUAAAGGAAAUGGUAUUGUUCAGAUAAAAUCAGAUCGUCCUGAAAAAUUAUCUCAAAAACAAAUAUUUAAUUUUGUGGGUAAAACUGAACCUCCAAAGAAAAAGAAGAAAUUUGGAAAAAAAUAA